CAUUACUUAAAUAACCAGUUAUCAUAUUGGAUAUGUACCGAUAAGGAUUUAUUAGUAUUAAGUACCUAUAUUAUUUACUAAAACGUCAAUAUGUGGCAUCGAGUUAAUAAAAGGAGAGGAUUCGUAGCUUUCCACUUAUUUUCGUUGGAUACUUUGCCUUAGUACCUACCUAAGUCUGUAUAGCUUUACAAUGUCUUUUCUUGGAGUAACCUACGGUCACGAAAAGGAUGAGAAUUUAAAGGAAUUUCUGGAUGCACUCCCGCUCCCUCCUGAAAAGAAAGAGGCCUUCCUGAAGUCUAAGCCUUUGGCGAAGUUUGAAAAGGAUGGUGACACAUACAUCUCAACCACAAUUACACCCGAAGGCGAGAAGGUCAUCAAAUUCAAAAAUGGUGUGGAAUUUGAUGAACAAGUUUCAGAGAGUAUAACUGCCAAGACUACCUUCACAGUUGAGGACAAUAUCAUCACCCAAGUCCAGACAUUCCCGGAUGGCAAAUCUGUCACUUACAAAAGAGAAUUCACUAAUGAUGGACUUACUGUGUACCUUACGUUCACCGACUGGAACGGAACAGCGAAGAGAUACUACGUCGCUCAAUAAUGUAACGUGUGCUACACGACAAAAUUGUCCAUUGCUGCACACGGACACGCUACGCACGUUAGCUUUCUUUGAAAACGUAGGUCGUACCUAUCAUCCACUAGAACCCAUGCAGCCCAGUCAAAUGGAACAACGCUAAGACUGCCGCGCGUGUCCAUGCACAGCGUGCGUAACUUGGAUGAAUUAUCUAAUUCAUCCAAGGUGCUAAGCAAUGGAAGGGCGCUGUUACUUAGGGCCUGUUUCACAACUGCCAGAUAAACUUUAUCUAACGGACUUUGACAUUUUGACAGACUCCCAAUACAAAAACUCAUAACACCUAUAGAGCUGCGCCAUAUUUUUUUGAAUUCAAUGUAUCUUGUAUGACUGGCGUGCUUGCUUGCUAUAUUCGUUACAUAAAGUUUAUCUGAAGGUGGUCAAACAGGGCCUUAAUUUAAUUUGUAUUUAUUAAAAUAAAUU